GGCGCCCCCCGAAGCCCCCGCGGCCUGGGGGGGGGUCCGCGACGCCACCGCCUUCGCCCCGGCGUGCCCCCAGAACCUGCGCGCGGGGCCGCCCCCCCUGAUGCUGCCCCUGUGGCUGAGCGACAACCUGGAGGCGGCGGGGGCCUACGUGGCUGCUCAGAGCGAGGAUUGUCUGUACCUGAACCUCUACGUGCCCACCGAGGACGGUUUGCUCGGCAAAAAGCGCGAGGACGGCGCGGCCGGCGGCCCCCCCCCGGACUCAGACAUCCGUGACAGCGGCAAGAAGCCGGUGAUGCUGUUCCUGCACGGCGGCUCCUACAUGGAGGGGACGGGGAACAUGUUCGAUGGCAGCGUGCUGGCGGCGUACGGCAACGUCAUCGUUGUCACCAUGAACUACCGGCUGGGCGUGCUGGGGUUCCUCAGCACGGGUGACCAGGCGGCCAAGGGCAAUUACGGGCUGCUGGACCAGAUCCAGGCGCUGCGGUGGCUGCACGAGAACGUCGGGCACUUCGGGGGGGACCCGCAGCGCAUCACCAUCUUCGGCUCGGGGGCUGGGGCGGCGUGUGUCAGCCUGCUGAUCCUGUCACACCACUCUGAAGGUCUGUUCCAGAAGGCCAUCGCGCAGAGCGGCACGGCCAUCGCCAGCUGGUCCGUCAAUUACCAGCCCCUCAAGUACACGCGGCUCCUGGCGGCCAAGGUGGGCUGCGAGCGCGCCGACACCGGCGCCGCCGUGGAGUGCCUGCGGCGCCAGCCCUUCCGCGCCCUGGUGGACCAGGACGUGCAGCCCGCCCGCUACCACGUGGCCUUCGGGCCGGUGGUGGACGGCGACGUGGUGCCGGACGACCCCGAGAUCCUGAUGCAGCAGGGCGAGUUCCUCAACUACGACAUCCUGAUCGGCGUCAACCAGGGCGAGGGGCUCAAGUUCGUGGAGGACUCCCUGGAGAGCGAGGACGGCAUCUCGGCCUCCUACUUCGACUUCACCGUGUCCAACUUCGUGGACAACCUGUACGGCUACCCCGAGGGCAAGGACAUCCUGCGGGAGACCAUCAAGUUCAUGUACACGGACUGGGCCGACCGCGACAACGGCGAGAUGCGGCGCAAGACGCUGCUGGCGCUCUUCACCGACCACCAGUGGGUGGCGCCGGCGGUGGCCACGGCCAAGCUGCACGCCGAGUACCAGUCCCCCGUGUACUUCUACACCUUCUACCACCACUGCCAGACGGACGCGCGGCCCGAGUGGGCGGACGCGGCGCACGGCGACGAGAUCCCCUACGUGUUCGGGGUGCCCAUGGUGGGCGCCACCGACCUCUUCCCCUGCAACUUCUCCAAGAACGACGUCAUGCUCAGCGCCGUGGUCAUGACCUACUGGACCAACUUUGCCAAGACGGGCGACCCCAACCAGCCGGUGCCGCAGGACACCAAGUUCAUCCACACCAAGCCCAACCGCUUCGAGGAGGUGGUGUGGACGCGCUUCGACGGCAAGGACAAGCGCUACCUGCACAUCGGCCUCAAGCCGCGCGUGCGCGACCACUACCGCGCCAACAAGGUCGCCUUCUGGCUCGAGCUCGUCCCGCACCUCCACAACCUGCACCAGCUGCCCCACGCCUCCACCACCACGCGCCUCCCGCCGCCCCCGGGCCCCCCGCGCCGCGCCCCGGCCACGCGCCGGCCCCCGCCGUCCUCCGCGCCGCCCGGCCGCGACGAUCGCCGCGACGACCGCGACGACGACGACGACGACGAGGAUGAAGAUGGCGGCCGUGGCGGCCGGCGACGCUUCGCGCCCUUCCCCGGCGACUCGCGGGACUACUCCACGGAGCUCAGCGUCACCGUGGCCGUGGGCGCCUCCCUCCUCUUCCUCAACAUCUUGGCCUUCGCCGCGCUCUACUACAAGCGGGACAAGCGGCCGCCGCCGGACCCUCGCGGCAGCGGCCGCGGCGUGGCCGGAGCGGCGCCCAACGACCUGCUGGCCCCCGGCGAGGAGGAGCUGGUGCAGCUGCAGAUGAAGCACCCCAAGCUGGGCGUGGGCGUGGGGGUGGGGGGUGACCCCGAGGCGCGGCCGGGCGUGGCCGUGGCCGUGGCCGGACCGCCGGACUACACGCUGGCGCUGCGGCGCGCGCCCGAGGACGUGCCCCUGCUGCCCCCCAACACCAUCACCAUGGUUCCGGGGGGGCUGCAGGCCCUGCACCCCCCCUUCGGGACGCCCUUCCCCCCGCCCGGCCACAACAGCGCGCUGCCCCACCCCCACUCCACCACCCGGGUAUAGGGGGGGGCUGUGGGGGCCCCUCCCCCACCGCCCUGACACCCUAAAACCGCCCCUCCCCCACCCGGGUAU